CCGCGCCUACUUCCUACUUGUCGGCCGAUCCAACAAUUUCACUUCCGAAGUCCUCAAGUCGAGCUUUGAAGAUUAUUUGAAUGUUUGGAAAUAAUUUACCGAUCAGUGAGCAAAGACGCUGGUUCUGUUUGCUCCUGGGUACAUAUGGCAGCACUUAUGUCGACUCAGUCACACAACUCACUUGUAUCGUUCACAGCAACAUAUAAGCAGGAUAAUGUGGUAUAGCUCAAAGCAGAAAACUAAAUCCUCACCGUCAUAGUAACAAUGACGAUGGUGUCUAAACAAAAUAUAAAGUUAACCCCUGAGCUACAAAGCUUCCCGACAUGUUUGGUCCCUAGUUUGGGACCAUGGACGAUGAACUGUUACGGAAAAGACUUUGAAAAAUGGAAUGCACCCAGGACUUCGGUAAAUUUCGAAAAAGAUUUUCGGGAAAUUUCGGAUGGUAAAACAAUACAGAGCAAAGCCCAUCUAACUGAGAACAUGGAACAAAAAGAUCUUGAUGAAAUAAAACCAAUAAUUAGCAAUGAUAAAAAUCCCGACUCUGACAUUGACCGACCGACGAUCUGUUCGCCGGAAUUUGGGUCUCAUACUCCGGCAAUGGAACUCAGAAACCAACCGAGGUGUUCGGAUUCGCAAUAUGGCGCCGAUCAUAGAAAGAGUGUCGCUACCGAUCUAACGUCAGAAGACCACGAAAGAUUAAUCGUCGCAAACCGACUUAAAGAAAAAAAAACCCCAGCAAAGCGACCUCAUCACGGAAAAGUGAAUUUUCGUUUCCUUGCCCAAUCUUUGUCACUUGACGCAGAAACGAAAGCAGAGGAUUCAGAGCUUUCACCCCCAAAGAAACAGUUACUCAACAAUGACAGUUCUCCACGUGAAAAUCCUGAUAGUGACGUAAGCAGUACGUCAUCACCACGUCAUCCAUAUUUCCCGAUCUCACCACCCGCGUGGCCGUUUGCUUCUAUGAUGUCACAAGGUGCAAUGACGUCAUCGCCCUACCUACUCAACAGUUACAACCCCUUUCUACGUCAAACAAUGUUAGAUGGCGGUAGAGUGCCCCCGUUGAAUUUUUUCACCAACCCCCAUCUUAUGACGUCACGAAUGCCAUCUCACCCACUCAACUAUGACGUCACAAACCAAUAUGCGAACCUAUUACGUCAUCUGCUAACCCUCCAAGCGCCUCCAGGUCUCGACCAUUCCCAACAUUUCAAACCACCGUCGUUUCCAUUCCCGUUCAAGCCGCCCUAUCUAUACCCAGCCGGUUUUAAUUUCCCGAACCCACUUCCGCUAGCUCGCGCUAUGGAGCCUGAUAAUAAAUUACCACCAGGUAGCGGUAGAGGCAGGGGAAGAAGAAUUGGUAAAGGCCUUAAACCAAAAAGAGAAUUUAUUUGUAAAUAUUGUGGAAGACACUUCACAAAAAGCUACAACCUUCUAAUCCAUGAACGAACCCAUACCGACGAGCGACCUUACGUUUGCGAUAUUUGUAAAAAGGCUUUCCGACGACAAGACCAUCUACGAGACCACAGAUACAUCCACUCCAAAGAGAAGCCGUUCAAAUGUACGGAGUGUGGGAAAGGGUUUUGUCAGUCUCGAACAUUGGCCGUUCAUAAAACACUGCAUGGCCAACCACGAUAACUAUCUUCAUAUAUUAUUACCAAGCCCGUUAUAUAUUAUGUUCCUUAUGUGUUUUUUCUAUUUUAAAAGUAAUUGUUCAUUAAAUGACAUGCAGUAUCUUUUUAUAAUGGUUUCAUUUCAUGCUAUAUAAUAAGUUGAGCUUAGAUGGUCCAUGUUUUCAUUCUUUUUAUCAUCUCAUUUGGCAGAAAACAAGAAAUAAUUAACAAAUUACAUAACCAUAUCCUCACGGCUCUAAAAGAGCGUUGUUAAUUGUUAAAAACCCGUUUAGGGAAUGUGGAAUACCGUGUGCUAAAUGUGUCCCGUCUUCCCCAUAGUACUAUAACUUCAUUUUAUCUUUCCAAGAUGAGUUUACCAAUUGACAAAAGGUGUUUAUGUGUUUUGCGAACGUUUAACGGCCAUUACAACAGUCGAUGUAAGA